UUAAUUAAAAUGGUUAAUAUUCCGAUGCUUAAUCGCGAUUCUGAAUGGCUUAAACAAAGAAUUGAUGAAUGGUCUAGUCAACCAGAAAUGCAGAAACGAUUGGUUUUAAUUGUUGUUAGUGUGGCACUUCUUUUAGAUAAUAUGCUUUACAUGGUUAUUGUCCCAAUUAUUCCAAAAUAUUUGAGAGACAUUCACGCUUAUGAGGUAGAAUAUGUUGGUUAUCACAAUGAAACUAGAAGAUUAGCUAAUGGUUCGAUAGUUGUUAGAAUGAUUGGCGGGCAAAUAGAUUAUUUGGAUGAGGAAAUAGAAUUAGGAUGGUUAUUUGCAGCUAAAGCUUUGCUUCAAAUCUUUGUUAAUCCAUUUUCUGGAUUUAUUAUUGACCGUGUUGGAUAUGAAUUGCCAAUGAUUAUAGGCUUAAUAGUAAUGUUUUCAUCAACAGCUAUUUUUGCUUUGGGUAAAAGUUACGGUGUUCUUUUCUUCGCCCGUUCCCUUCAAGGGUUUGGUUCAGCUUUUGCUGAUACUUCUGGUCUAGCAAUGAUUGCUGACAGAUUUACUGAAGAGAGUGAACGUUCUGCAGCAUUGGGUAUUGCCCAGGCAUUUAUUUCUUUCGGAAGUUUGGUUGCCCCUCCUUUCGGUUCUGUACUUUAUUCAAUUGCUGGAAAACCUGUUCCCUUUCUUGUUCUUUCUUUGGUCUGUUUAACUGAUGCUUUUAUGGUAUUUUGGGUUAUACAACCAAAAGCGAGGGUUUCUAAUGCCAGAAAUCCUGAAACUGGUGAAAGACUACAAGGAACGCCUAUGUGGAGGUUAUUUAUGGACCCUUUCAUUGCUGUCUGUUCAGGUGCUUUAAUUAUGGCAAAUAUUUCACUAGCAUUUAUUGAACCUACAAUUACGAAUUGGAUGUAUGAAGUUAUGCCUAAUACUCCAGAUUGGCAAGUUGGAAUGAUAUGGUUUCCAGCGUUUUUUCCAGACGUAUUUGGUGUAUAUUUAACAGUUCGUCUAUUAAAAAAAUAUCCACAAAAGAGUUGGCUAUUUGCAACAAUUGGUCUUUUAAUGGAAGGUUUAAGUUGUUUAGCCGUUCCUUUCAUGUCCAGUGCUUUCCAAUUAAUUAUUCCUCUUUCAACAAUUUGUUUUGGAAUUGCUUUGAUUGAUACAAGUUUAUUACCAAUGUUAGGCUUUCUCGUGGAUACUAGACACGUUUCUGUUUAUGGUUCUGUAUAUGCUAUUGCUGAUAUUUCUUAUAGUUUGGCAUAUGCUUUUGGACCGAUUAUUGCUGGGGGAGUUGUUAAUAUACUUGGAUUUGUUGUUUUAAAUAUUUUUAUUUGUAUUCUAAAUGUUGGUUAUUCUCCAUUAAUUGGAACUUUAAGAAAAGUUCAUGGCUACGAAAAUGUUUCUGGUAAUAAUGUUGUUGGUCAACAACAACCGAAAAUAAUGAAUGGAAAUAUUAUAGAAAAUCAGAAAGAAGAAAUACAACAACAUCCGUUGGACAGGACAGAUUCUCAAUGGAUUGGAAAAGAAGAUUUAAAUGGAUAUCAACAACAAACAACUAAUUUUGGUGGUAAUCCUUCCAAUGAUGGAUUUGACCCUUUAAAUCCUCAAUGGUGA